AUGUCCACAAUUCCUGAACUCUACAACGAAAAGUGCCAUUGUGCUGGAUGUAGUCAGAACAAUCUCGGCUAUAGUUUUGUUGCCAGAAGAACUGCUCAACGUCAUAACAAAAGGGCAAGACUAAAUGCCAUAAGAUGUGAAAGGGACAUGUCUACCCAAAGAAAUAUGAUGGAGGUCGAUGAUGAACCUAUCUUAACCCAUCAACCCGGAGCCCUGGAAGAAUCGUACACUCAGACAAACUCACCUGUUUGGGAAGGAGCUUCAAUGUCUGACACUGAAGACGUUUCCGUUACUAAUGACGCGAUCAGCAAUGGCGACAAUGAUGACAGUGGAAGCAACAGCAAUGAAAUCAGUGAAGACGAAAGCGAAGACGAUGUUAUUGAGCUCGACGACAAUGAAUUGAAUAGUGAAGACCCUUUUGCCACCCCCGAUAUGCCCCAGAACCCAGUGCACAGGUUCAUUGCUACUUUUGUGGUGAUGUUCGCUUCCCGCUAUGUGGUUGACAAGGGCGCCGUUGUCUUGAUCGA